AUGGACCAAAUCAUCCACCUACUCGCCAAUGGCGAAGAGGUUAUCGACGUGGAUGAGGAAUCAUUUCUUCUCUUCGCACAAGACAUCCAAAGCAACAACCUAGGGAUGCUCAAUCCCCGAGCACCAUCAGUAGAGAUCACUAUCAAUGACAAUGAAUACACAAUUCAUCAAUCACCAUCAUUACUCUCCUCUCAUCGGGCAGGAGGUACUACAGGCGCCGAAUGGAUAACGAAUCCCUCAAACCCACUUUGGACAACUUCCCUCCUGAGCCAGACCUCAACAGUGGCCGAACUCGGGACCGGGAUCUCAGCGCUAGUCGCUCUCGUCCUGGCACCAUCCGUGCGCCAUUACAUUGCCACAGACCAGGAAUACGUGCGCAAAUUGUUCCGGACGAACCUUGACGCCAAUGCGUCCGUUGGCGUCUCUUCCAGCAACAGCAAAGCAAAAGGCAAGAGCAAGGGAUCCAAAUCAUCCAAAUCAAAGUCAAACUCAACCGCCAAACCUGCUGAUAAUAUCUCCUUCACAACCCUGGACUGGGAGACUGACCAAGCCGCGUCACUGAAGGAAUGUAUGGAUUCCGACGAUGCCCAUGCCCAAGAUGAGGGAGAAGAGGAAGAUAAAGGCUUCGACCUCCUCCUUUCCUGUGACUGCAUCUACAACGAAGCACUUGUUGCACCGUUCGUGCGCACCUGCGCCGAGAUCUGUCGACUCCGGCCGGCAUAUGUGGCCGGGUCUGAAGAACCUCUCCCGCACCGUAAACCGACGGUUUGCAUUAUCGCGCAACAGCAGAGGUCGCCGGACGUGUUUGAGACUUGGCUUAGGGAGACGAUGCGGGAGUUUCGGGUUUGGAGGUUGAGUGAUGAUGCACUCGGGGAGGGACUAAAGAGUGGCUCUGGAUAUUUGGUGCAUUUGUUAUUGGCGAGGGAUAAAUAG